ACACGUAAUUCGGUCAUGUCUGCUCAAACCCCAAACCUCGCAGCCGUCCUCAAGGCCCCAGGAGAAAAGAUGACGGUGGAAGAACGCAAGAUACCUUCACCCGGCCCAAACCAAGUCGUCAUCCGCAACCACGCCAUUGCUAUGAACCCAAUCGAUUGGAAGCGACAGGCUUGGAAUGUCUUGAUCCCCACGUAUCCCGUGGUCCUCGGGUCCGAUGUCUCCGGCGAAAUCGCAAAAGUAGGCGCAAACGUGACUCUCCUGAAGCCAGGAGACCGCGUCCUAGGCUACGCGUUUUCAUUCCUCACCCAAAACGACGACGAAGCCGCGUUCCAAACCUACACAGUGGUAGAAAGCCACCGCGUGACCAAGAUCCCCGACUCAAUCAGCUUCAACGCGGCCGCAACGCUACCGCAAGGCGUCGGAGCCGCAGCGCUAACGCUCUUCGACGUGUUGGCGCUGCCUCUCCCCACUGGGCCGCGCUUCUCGGACGCGAGCAUCGCCGCAGACUCGGCGGCGUCGAAGAACGCGCUGCUGAUCUGGGGUGCGUCGAGUUCGGUGGGGUUUCAAACGGUGCAGAUGGCGCGCAAGAUUGGGAUUACGGUUUUCGCGGCGGCCGGGGAGAAGCAUCAUGGGAUUUUGAAAUCUCUGGGGGUGGCGGGGAUUGUGGAUUAUAAGAGCAAGACUGCGGCUGAGGAGAUUUUGAAGCUCGCGCAGGAUGCUGGGAAGCAGAUUACGUAUGUUUUGGAUGCUAUCACGACGGCUGAGACGGUGGAAACGGUGCGGGAGGUGCUGUCCAAAGGACAGAGAACUAGGAAGUUCGCGUACCUUAUGUUCUGGCCUGAAGGAGUGGAGCCUAUCCAGGGGGUUUGGGCUGAGCAUGUCCCUGGGGAGGAUAUGGGGGAUCGGAGGGAUGAUCUUGCGAGGUGGUUGUUCAAAGAGGCGCUUCCUGCGUGGUUGGAGGAUGGUUCUAUCCAGAUGCUUCCGCAGCAGGUGGUCGAGGGAGGACUUGGUGGAGUGCAGAAUGCUUUGGAUAUUUUGCAGAAGGGUGUUUCUCUGCAGAAAGUGGUGGUUGAGAUUUAG